AUGCUAGCACAAACGUCACUCUUCCAGGUCUACCUGAGACUGCGACCGGCCCUUCAAAAUCAGACAAACAAAUUGAAUGAACCGGAACCGUGGCUAAUUGUUGAACCACCUUCGCCUACAACAUCGUCGGAAGGAAAUACAAGCAAUGCAGCACCAACACACAUCACUUUACAGCCUCCGAGUGACUCUCGCAAAAGAGCGGUUGAGAAAUUUGGUUUUACACAGGUAUUUGAGGAGGAGGCAACACAAUUGGACAUCUUCGAAUCUACAGGAACAGUACAACUUGUGAAGAACAUCUUGAAUGGUGGAAGAGAUGGACUCGUGGCUACUUUGGGCGUUACAGGCAGUGGAAAGAGCCACACAAUCCUUGGAUCUCGUUCGCAACGCGGCCUCACGCAAAUGACACUCGAUGUGCUAUUUCGUUCAAUCGGCACUCGAGUUCGUGUUGCGGAUCAAUCAACCGACUCAAGUUUUCUCUCCUCAAUACAAUCCUCCGAUCCUUCAGAAGCUCAAGUCUUAUCAGCAACCUCAUUCCUCGAAAGUAUAUAUGGCGACGUAGAUAGGGGAAGAGGUUCGAGAGCACAAACUCCGAUGGCCACAGGAACCUUUUCAAGGUCACAAACUCCCAUGGUAGGCCCAAGCUCUCAUCUUCCUGGCUCGUUCCCUUCUUUUCAGCCCAAUGACGAUUGUGGCCCUCAAUCUUUGUAUCCAAAACUUGCUUCUGUCGCUCGAGACCCGAAUCUGUCGUUCACGUCAGAUCAGUUUACGGAAAAUGGAAGCUCAAGAACACCCGCUUUUAAAACCACCAUACGUCUUCUUCCCACAGUCAGUGAGGCUCCCAGAGCUUCUGUUAUUGCUCCCUCAAAACUGCCGUUCUGGAACCGCUCCCCACAGCUGAAGAAAACGUUGACUAAGACACAGACUCGUAAGGAAUCGAUGCUAGCUCCAAGACGCCCUCUGCCUGCGCGACCGAGUGCCCUUCCUAUCCAACCUGAUGUCUCGACUUUCACAACCGAAGUGGACCAAUCUGCAGACUACGUCGUUCUGAUCUCCAUGUACGAAGUGUACAACGACCGAAUUUUUGACCUCUUAUCCUCUUCAAUGCAGAACAAUGUUGGAACAACAGCGACACGGCAGGGUACCGCUCUACAGAAAGACCUGCGGAGGCGGCCCCUUCUCUUUAAGUCAACCGAGAUGAGUCCGGAUCGCAAACUUGUCGCUGGCCUACGGAAGGUUGUUUGCGGAACAUAUGAAGAGGCAAUGAUGAUACUGGAGACUGGUCUUGCUGAGAGGAGGGUUGCAGGUACGGGAAGUAACACAGCUAGCUCACGGAGUCAUGGUUUCUUCUGCAUUGAGGUCAAGCGCAACAACCGCUUUCGCCAGUACGAAAAUGAUAUAUGGACCGGAGGGAUACUGUCCAUCGUCGACCUUGCAGGUUCAGAACGUGCACGAAAUGCGAAGACGACCGGUUCAACCCUUGCUGAGGCUGGCAAGAUCAACGAGAGUUUGAUGUACCUCGGACAAUGUUUGCAGGUGCAGAGUGAACAACAUGACGGCAGCAAGCCCAUCGUUCCGUUCAGGCAAUGUAAAUUGACUGAGCUUCUUUUCUCCAACUCCUUCUCUGCAGGAUCAUGCGCCGGUCGAGCACCGCAAAAGGCUAUCAUGAUUGUAACCGCCGAUCCGCAAGGAGACUUCAACGCCACCAGCCAAAUCUUGCGAUAUUCUGCAUUAGCCAGGGAAGUGACCGUGCCCCGAAUUCCAUCCGUCACCAGCACAAUUCUGAACAGGCCAGAUCACACAAUUAAGCACAAUAGUAGACAAACGCCGCAUGGCGAGCAACUUUUCACCGCUGAGGAGCUUGAGCAAGCUGCUAAUGAGAUUGCAAGGUUGAGUGAAGAUUGUGACCAAUUGGCUGUACGUUUGACGGAAGAGGAGAAUAAGCGAUCCGAGGCUGAGCUGAAAUUGCAAGCGGCACUACAGGCUGCCGAAGAAAGGGCUUUGUUGAUCGAGCAAGAAGUCCGAGAAGAAUGCUGGAUGAAGAUGGAAGCAGAUAUGGAUGCCGAACGAGAAAGAUGGAGGAUGGCGAAGGAAGAAGAACGGGUCAGAGCAGAGGGGUAUCUGGACGGAAAGAUCGAAAUUCUAGAAAAGGGAGUCACGAUAGAGGUACAUGAAGACAGCCAACAGCAACUUGGAGAGGAGAUCCAACGAGAAAAUGAAGCACUUAGGAGAAAGGUCAAGGCCUUAGAGAGGCAGCUCAACUUGCGGAGCCCGACGAAGACAAGAACAGCAAAGACCAAACCCAUCACAACUCCACUCAAGGAAAACACCAAUCCAGCAUCGAAUCCAUUCUUGUCCGCUUUGCGGAAGAGCGGUAGCGAAUCCUCUCAAGGUGCUCCGAUGUUUGAAGACGGGCUCUCCACUUCAAUGAAUAAAUUGGAUCUGCGAGCUAGGCCGUCAGCACAGGAUGACUCACCAAGAAAAGCAUCCGUGCCGAAGAUUCCAGGUACUACUAAGAAAGUGAGGAAGUUGACGACGCGGAAGUGGGACUUUGGCAACAGCGAGGACGAGUCAGGAUUCUGA